AUGUCUUCUCUAGAGACCAAUGGCAAUGGCCCCGUCACCAAUGGCGCGAAGCCGAAGACUGGCAUCAAAGUCAUCAUCAUCGGCGCAGGUUUCGGCGGCCUCACAGCAGCCAUAGAAUGCAUCCGCCACGGCCACACCCCCGUCAUCUACGAAUCCUUCCCCUCGCUCAAAAUCCUCGGCGACAUCAUAACCUUCGGCCCCAACGCCGGUCGCAUCUUCGCGCGCUGGAGCGACGGACGCGUCGCACGCGACAUGCGCAGCAUCUCCAUCGACCUUACCGAAUACGGUUUCAACAUCCACAAAUGGGACACCGGCGAGAUAGUCAUAAACCAGAAGACGCCGCCACGCGACGAAAAGGCGCCAAACUUCAACGGACACCGGGGCGAGCUGCACGAGAUUGUGUUUAACUACGCAAAGGAGAUUGGAGUGGAGAUCAACCUGGGGCAGAGGGUAGAGAAGUACUGGGAGGAUGAGAAGGAAGCGGGUAUCGUGCUGGAGGAUGGGACGAGGGUCGCUGGUGAUCUGGUGGUUGCGAGUGAUGGUGUCAGGAGCAAGGCAAGAACACUGGUGCUGGGAUACGAAGACAAGCCGAAGAGCAGUGGGUAUGCUGUCUGGCGAGCAUGGUUCAGCAACAAGGAUAUGAUGGCAGAUCCGGAAACCAAGCAAUUCUGCGACAACGGAGAUACCUUCAACGGCUGGAUCGGCCCAGACGUCCACUUCCUCUUCAGCACCAUCAAAAACGGCACAGACUGCUGCUGGGUGCUCACCCACCGCGACUCGCACGACAUUGACGAAUCCUGGUCCUUCCCCGGCUACCUCAACGACGUCAAAACCGUGCUCGAAGGCUGGGACCCCAUGUGUUGGAAAAUCGUGUCCAAGACCCCGGAAGAGAAACUCGUAGAUUGGAAACUCGUGUACCGAGACCCACUACCCAACUGGGUCAGCGGCUACGGUUCCGCACCAGGCCACGGCCGAAUCUGCCUGCUAGGCGACGCUGCACACCCUUUCUUACCUACGAGCGCGCAGGGUGCGACGCAGGCGCUGGAAGAUGGCGUGACGCUUGCUGUGUUGCUGCGGAAAGCUGGCAAGGAGAAUGUUAAAGGUGCGCUGAGGGCGUAUCAGGAUAUACGGUAUGACCGUGUCAAGGCGGUGCAGAAGACGGGGGAGACGACGAGGGAUAUGUGGCACAAGACGGAUUGGGAGAAGGUGAAGAAGGAUCCUACGCUCAUCCAGUUUCCGAGGGAGGAUUGGGUGUUUCAGCAUGAUGCGGAGAAGUAUGCUGAGGAGAUGGGGGAUGAGGCGAUAAAGAAGUGUGGUGUUGGUGCGUAG